CCAGUGAGCGGGCACACUUAGCUACACGUGCAUUGAUGUGAUUGAAUUUUACUGGGAAAUAAUCCACGAAAAGUGGUUUAAAUCUCAUAUAUUGAGCGAAAUUCACACUGAAAGACAGUGCCGGAGCACUGAGGAUUACCAGUGAAUCGAAUCCGCGACAGGACCAUGAAUUUCGACGACGAGGACCGCUUGGAACUGCAGUUCCUGGCGGGCGGCAACAUCGUGGAACAUGCGCCUCUCUUUUCGCCCGAUGGCAGAUUCAUGUUCGUGCGGUGUCAGGAAAAGGUGCAGGUGUACGCCACCAGAACGGGCGAACUUACGCGGGUGUUGGACGACGCCACGGCGCCAUUGAUUAGCUUGGAAUUGGAUAUAAAGCAACCGGAUCUUCUGAUCGGGUGUACCAGUAAAGCGGAGAUAUUCCGAUGGAACUGGCGUGCGGGCGUUUUGAAAAAAACCGUAUCCCUAAAGCUCCCUCUCGGACAGACCAUAAUUUUGACCUGCCACCUGCUGAAUCUGUAUAAAGGUGGCGACACAGCCUGUGCCUUUGUCACCACAAGGGGGAAGAGUGGCGAGCAGGUCAAUUAUUUUGUGGUCAACACGAGUACGGGCGAUUUUAUCGAUAUCAACUGCGGCCUUAAGCUGAAAGUUCGGACUCCCCUCGUGGACGUGGGCAAGGGCCAGUUCAAGUACAUAGUCAUGGCUCAGGGCUUCUACAUCUACUUUAUCAACUACGAGACCUGGAAAUUCUGCCGCUACAAGGGUGCCUUACAAAAUCCCAUUACCUGUGUUCGGAUGAGUCCCUGUGAACUGGUGGCGGCCACCGCCGAUUCCGUAGGCAUGAUAUAUGUGUGGCGGGAUUUCGAAACGCUGGAAACGAUGACCAACACGCGCUUGCACUGGCAUCACACGGAGGUGACUAGCUUGGCCUUUUCGGCCUCGGGCGUGAGCAUCUACAGCGGUGGACAUGAGUGCGUUCUGGUGAAGUGGACCUUGGCUAGACCAGAUAUUCGCCAAUUUCUUCCCAGGAUGUCGAGUGUGAUACGACAUAUUGUAGUUAGCAAUGACAACGAAAGCAUCUUGGUUUGCACGGAGGACAAUGCCAUUCAGCUGGUGGGUGGCAGUGAUAACAACAUAAAAUCCACUGUGCAGCAUUUUACGUAUGAGACAAAUGACAAGACGGGCAGGAGUAAGUUUCCUAUGGGGUUACGCUUGAAUCCGAGGACGAAUACAUUGGUGCUAAAUGGCAGAUCGGGACAUUUGCAGUUUUAUUCAGCUUACACCAGGAGCAUGUUGUAUAAUCUACGCGUGGUAAACAGUAAUAUAUAUAGUGAGGAAGCAAACCACAUUAUCUACAAUACGAGAAUUACACAAGCAGCAUUCAAUAUAAAUUGGAUGGCUACUGGAGAGGUGUAUAACGAUCUGGAGAACUUUGCCGAAGUUUGUCUCAAAUUCUGGGAAUAUAAUGAAAAGUUGCAGAGUUAUAAUCUGAACACAGAGAUUAACCUGCCUCACGAGCACGGCUUCAAGGCCAUAAUCUUCUCCAACCAGUUCCAAGUUGACAAUUUGCGAUGUGCCACCGCUGGCGAGGACAACGUAAUUAAGAUGUGGGGUCUGACAGACUCAGAAAACAUCUAUAAGCGUGGUGUGAUGUGGAGUUGCCUGGCACAGACAAGCUACAGAAACCUACCCAUUGGUUCCCUUUGCUUUUCUCAGGAUGGGUCUCUGUUGGCCGUAGGUUAUGGCAACAUUUUGGCACUCUACGAUGCGAGAAAUCCGCGACUGCCCCUUCAAACACUAAGCUGUCCCCCUGGCUUAGACGGUGUAGUAUCCAAAGCUCAACUGAGAUUGGCACAGUCGCCAUUGAAUGGUUCCAGAAAAGAACUUAUCCAGCAAAGGCAACAACUGUGGGACCUGCUCAAGACCCUUCUGAAUAGUAAUGACGAGCAAUUAGUCAAGCAGGCCAAGGACUUGAUAGUGGGCCCUCCAGUCAAGGCACAGCUAGUGAACCAACCAGAAGAUGCCACCAAGGAGACUGUAUUUAAGUACAUCAUGAAAAUGCCCGAGCUUGGCUUGCAUCAAAAACUUCAACUGCUGCGUCGUUUUGGAGUCGAAUGCUCCAUUCCACAUGUCCUUCGGAAUCGCUUAUUGGAGCAUCUCCAGCAAAGGGCAGUGAUUCCUCAAGCAACGAAGUUGAGGCUUCGCAAACUGGAUGCCCGACUGCAUCGUUUACACACGCGACAUCGUUACAAAGCCAAACAUCGACUGAGCGAUUUGACCAAAAGGCGACAGCACUUUGAGGAUCUAGUGCCGCAGGAUAUUAUGUCUCUUUUCAGUGUCCUCAAGCUGGAUGAGAACAGUCAACCGAAAAAGGAUGUAAAAAGCAAACCGAAAAAGAAUUCAAAAGGCAAAGAAAUCCAACCUAACAGUCACCCAAAAGUGAAGAAUAUUCCCACAAAGGCUGCUCCUCUACAGGGUUUGGCGCAGAUUUCACAUGUGCAAUUUGGAGCUGGCGAUCAGGCUCAUUUGGUGGCAGUCUGCACCGAAUCAAGGGUUCUCAUAUGGAAUUUACUGACGCUCCGACUGCAGGCGGGCUUGAAAUUAUCCGUCCGUCAACUCGCGUUCGAUCCCCUAACCAACCUAAUGGCUGUAAUUACGAAAAAUGAUGAGUUGCACGUGUUCCAACCGAACGUUCCGCUGCCCCUGUACCAACGCAGCAACCUACCGAAAACCUAUGGCCUGGCCUGGUUACCUAGAAGACAGCCCAAACAGAGCUCCAUCAAUGUGGACUGGCAGGCGCAGUCCACGCUGCUAAUGCUUACACACUCGCAGGAAAUCGCGUACCUGGCGCUACCGGGCCAGAGUCCAUCGGACGAUGCGCCCGCACCAAUCACUUUUGCACAGCCUGCCGACACCGAUAUAGUGUAUAGAAACGAGACAUUCGGACUUUAUGUGACCAAGCAACAGCAGGUUUCCUCUGACUUUCCGGAGAAGAGUGGCCCGCUAAUCGUGGGACGAGGAGAGCACAGUUCUGUAAAUGCGUUUGUCAAUCUUUCCUCCCACACGAUGCCUGCCAUGAGCCUGAUUUGUGGCGAAUUUGUCAAAUCGCUGCUGCUUCAGGCGGACUCAACCUUAAGGCACUCUGCGGCAGCUGGAGAUGUUGCAGUGACCAACGGAGGAGUAGUCAGUGGAAAUGGAGUGUCGCAUGGGGACAGUGAUGAGGAGCCGGAGGAUGCUGAGUUGGAAGAGGUGUCAAAAAGCACACUGGAAACCCGAAAAACGCUGCUGGAGCAGAAGGAAAAGCUUGAGGAUCUGUCACCCGCAGCAGAAAUUGACCAGCAGACGUUGGAUCAUCGAUUGAAGACCAUCACGGCGUUGAGAACCAAACUGAGGUUAUGAAUGUAGAAAAAGCUAUUAGUUGCUCUAACAAAUUUUCUUCUAUUUUUGUAUAAGACUAAGAGAUAAUACAAGUCAUAAUGCAAUAAAGACGUUUUUUUGUGUAUGUGUGACGAUAGAUUCUUCGAAAAAAUGGAAGUUAAUAAAACAAAUUUUAAUAUAUAUACAUUA